GAUGAAGAUGGUUCCCCGCCUCGCUGUCCGUGCCUGGCCUCUCUGCGGGCUGCUGCUGGCUGCGCUCGGCUGUGUCUGCGCCAGCGGUCCCCGCACCCUCGUGCUGCUGGACAACUUGAACGUGCGGGACACGCACUCACUGUUCUUCCGCAGCCUGAAGGACCGGGGCUUUGAGCUCACCUUCAAGACUGCAGAUGACCCCAGUUUGUCCCUUAUUAAGUACGGGGAGUUCCUCUAUGACAACCUUAUCAUCUUUUCCCCGUCGGUGGAAGAUUUUGGAGGCAACAUCAACGUGGAGACCAUCAGUGCCUUCAUCGACGGCGGUGGCAGCGUUUUGGUGGCUGCCAGCUCUGAUAUCGGUGACCCUCUUCGGGAGCUAGGCAGUGAGUGUGGGAUUGAAUUUGAUGAGGAAAAAACAGCUGUCAUCGACCACCACAACUACGAUGUCUCAGACCUUGGCCAGCACACACUCAUCGUGGCCGACACUGAGAACUUGCUGAAGGCCCCAACCAUUGUUGGCAAGUCAUCUCUGAACCCCAUUCUCUUCCGAGGAGUUGGAAUGGUGGCUGACCCUGACAAUCCCUUGGUUUUGGACAUCUUAACAGGCUCUUCAACCUCUUACUCCUUCUUCCCAGAUAAACCAAUCACCCAGUACCCCCACGCAGUGGGGAGAAAUACUCUGCUGAUUGCUGGGCUCCAAGCCAGGAACAAUGCCCGGGUCAUCUUCAGUGGCUCCCUGGACUUCUUCAGCGAUGCCUUCUUCAACUCAGCAGUGCAGAAGGCCGCCCCCGGUGCACAGAGGUAUUCUCAGACAGGCAACUAUGAGCUAGCUGUGGCCCUGUCCCGCUGGGUGUUCAAGGAGGAGGGUGUCCUUCGAGUGGGGCCUGUGUCCCAUCACCGGGUGGGCGAGACGGCCCCACCCAAUGCCUACACUGUCACUGACUUGGUGGAGUAUAGCAUCGUGAUCGAGCAACUCUCCAAUGGUAAGUGGGUCCCCUUUGACGGAGAUGACAUUCAGCUGGAGUUUGUACGCAUUGACCCCUUCGUGAGGACCUUCCUGAAGAGGAAGGGUGGCAAGUACAGUGUCCAGUUCAAGCUGCCGGACGUGUAUGGCGUGUUCCAGUUUAAAGUGGAUUACAACCGGCUAGGCUACACCCACCUGUACUCCUCCACCCAGGUGUCGGUGAGGCCACUCCAGCACACGCAGUAUGAGCGCUUCAUUCCCUCGGCCUAUCCCUACUACGCCAGCGCCUUCUCCAUGAUGGCUGGGCUCUUCCUCUUUAGCGUCGUCUUCUUGCACAUGAAGGAGAAGGAGAAGUCUGAUUGAGCCAGAACCUGGGACACCGCACAGCAGACAGCCAGACUUGACUGGAGUGGGUUGGUUGGGGUCUGUUUUGUUUAAGGCCAUAGGAAAAUGGUGCAGCCUUACCUCAGAGGGUAUGACUAUGGGGCGGGAGACAGGGAACAUUUCUUUCUGUAAGUUUUCAAGUUCGAAUCACUCUGUGGCACUUUUAAUAUGUACAGCCACCCCCAUUUCUAAAAUAAAGAGAACUACUGCCCUCA